AUGCAGCUCCAAAACCACGGCGGCGCAUCAGCGUUGCGCAUCCUCCUCGCCGGCCUCGCACUGAGCAGCUCGGGUCUUGCCAUCCCCGUCGAGGAUAGUCCCAGGCAGUAUCUUCUAGCAGGUCUUGACCUCCCCGCCACGUACAACAAGAAGACCAAGUCCCCCUACGACCCGGACUACAAGGACCCGCUCGAUCGCGCUCAUGAUGCUAUAGGCGAGAAGCUCGAUCCACUGCCCUACCGCAAUGGCCUGGGCGCCUCUGUCUUGGGCCCGUGGAACUGGGAGCGCGCUCGACAGAGCCCGGAUCUGGUGCGCCCGCCCAGCACCGACCAUGGUAACAUGCAGAACAUGCGCUGGAGUUUCGUCGACUCGCAUGUGCGAAUCGAGGAAGGUGGAUGGACGCGUCAGACUACAAUCCGAGAGAUGCCCUCCAGCGUUGAGCUUGCCAGCGUGAACAUGCGACUCGACUCGGGCGCCAUCCGCGAGCUGCACUGGCACAAGGAGGCCGAGUGGGCGUACGUGCUUGACGGAGAGGUCCGCGUGACCGCAAUUGACUACGAGGGCGGCAACUUUAUGGAUGACCUGAAGAAGGGCGACCUGUGGUACUUCCCUAGCGGUGUCCCGCACUCGCUUCAGGGUCUCGGCGAGAACGGCACCGAGUUCCUCCUGAUCUUUGACGACGGCAACUUCUCUGAGGAGUCGACCUUCAUUCUGUCCGACUGGCUGGCACAUACGCCCAAGUCGGUGAUUUCCAAGAACUUCAACCUCGCACCUGAAGUCUUCGCCCAUCUUCCCGAGAAGGAGAAGUACAUAUUCCAGGGCUCCCUCCCCGGCUCGAUCGAAGACGAGAAGCCGACCGGCAAGAACGUCAAGAAGUCCAAGUACAACUUCACCCACCGGAUGCUCGACCAGGAGCCCAAAUUGACUACCGGUGGCGAAGUCCGCAUCACGGACUCCAAAAACUUCGAAAUCUCCAAGACCGUGGCAGCCGCCCACGUCACCAUCCAGCCGGGUGCCAUCCGGGAGAUGCACUGGCACCCGAACGCCGACGAGUGGUCCUUCUUCCUCAAGGGCCGGGCGCGCGUCACCAUCUUCGCGGCCGAGGGCACGGCCCGGACCUUCGACUACAUCCCCGGCGACGUCGGCAUCGUCCCCAGGAACAUGGGCCACUUCGUCGAGAACAUCGGCGACGAGCCGAUCGAGAUGCUCGAGGUGUUCCGCUCGGACGAGUUCAGGGAUUUCUCGCUGUUCCAGUGGAUGGGCGAGACCCCGAAGAAGCUGGUGGUCGACCACCUGUUCCAGGACGACCCGGAGAACGGCGAGAUCUUCUGGAACAAGGUCAAGAGCGCCGAAAAGGAUGAGGUCACUAUGCCCGACGCUGAGGAGCUGGAGAUUGAGUCGGAUGCUCGCGAGCUGUGA